ACAGAGAGACUAGACUCCGCCUCCAGAAUCGCCGCGAGCGCGCAUGCCCGCCGUCGAUCGUAGAGCAAAGUCGUUGUCGGUCUCGGCUCUAAAAGAGAUGGCAAUGCAGAGUCUGUUUGCUCGGGCCGUAGGCGCCAACCUCCCCGAGUGCCAUCCCUACGACGCUAGAGCGGAUAGACCAGUUCGCUAUCGGCAAAGUCCUUAUGUAUAAAAAGAAACCCCGGAAGCUCCUUCCCUGGCGAAGACACGAGCUGAACUUCACUGGCCGUUCGAUCACGGAUCUCCUAGCCGAGGGCCAGGUUCAGCAGUUAAAUUUUGCCACUUCCAGCGAUUAUUUGUUUGACGCCGGAAAAGGGACGGAUAACAUUUUUGUGGAGGUGGGAUUGGAUGGGGAGCUGAAAUCGGUACUGUCUACACUGGACCUGAAGCUGCAGGCAAAGGAGCAGAAGUCUCUCUCAAUAUCCACAGACUUUGGCAAGAUCACGCACUUGCAGACCGACCUUUUCGAAGUUCUUCAUGCUCACCGCAUUAGGGUGAAUCCUGAUCAUCCUAUCAUCCGUGAGGCUCACAAGAACGGAAACACCCUGUUUGUCAUAGCGACUAUCUACCAGGCCGAGCACUGCAACAUCGAAGUUUCCUUUGCUGAAAAAUCCAGGGACACGGCUUCGGCAGUUGUGGAAGCGUCCACUACGAGCAGUGUACCACUCCUUGGAGCUAACGCAGGAGCAAAUCUACGUGAUUCUAAGAGUACAGUGAAAGUUGUUAAUCGUGACAAGCCGACUGUGAUAGCCUACCUCCUGCUACGAAUGGCCAUCAAUUCUGACAACGAACUCAUCCCAAAACUCAACAAUCGACUUGAUCAAGCCAGCAAUCAGACCAGAGUGGAUCUGAUAGAUGGUCCUCAUGCUGGAGGAAAAGAUCGCAAACUGACAGUUCCUAAGAUUAACCCUGCAGACUCUGUGGUCGGGGAAUGGGUUGUGGUUGACAUGGUUCGUGAGUGGAAGCCUGAGGACUCAGUCGAGGUGGGCAAGAACCCUGCUAAGGCAGCAGAAUUGGUGACCCACAAGGAACCGUCUAUAGCUACAAACGUGAGGUUUUGAUAUAAUAUUAGUCAAUUACAUUGAUUGCUGGUGCCGUACCCUCUAUUUCGCAGCCAAGAAAUCCGUGUUCAGUGGCAGCCUCUCUCGCUGUGCCGUCACUCAAUCCCCACUACGUGUACAGCUUGAAGGAGUUUCAGUGCUUUGCCAGUAACACAUACGCAGGUGCACAUCAAACUAACACCUGGAGAGCUAAAGCAUUCCAUCUUUUCUUUACACUAGGUGUAGUUGAUGAAUCCCAAAAGUGGGUGUGUCCGGUGCAAAGCAACCAGGCGCUGAAAGAAGCCUUCCUUGCCUACGCUAAUCCACCAAACUCCCACCAGAAGCUCAGAACACUCUCCCAACAUCUACAAGAUUUAGGGUCAGCUAUGCGAACGCCUGGUGUGGCUGAACCACACGUUCUGCCAGCCCUAGAGCCCAUCAUUAAUGCCUUCAGCACAGAGCCUGAGUGCAGACUCAACGAAAACACUUCACUCAUUGUGAUAGCCGAGGCUUGUCUAGGUAUAUAGUACAACAAAUUCUCUGUCUUGUCGAUAACUCAACUUUUCUUCAUCACUAUAAUAUAAGAGUUUCCACAGCACGUGAUGAAGAUGAUCUGCGAGCUUCAAAAAGAUAAACGGGACCUUCUACUAGAUGUUGUAAGGCCACAAAGAUACCCAACUGUGUACUUCGAUGGUGAAACUCUGAAAAAGGACCCUUUGGUCAAAGGACACCUCUCUAUACAGAACACUUGGUUCUGCUCAUACAUAAGACAGUCUAUAUUUAUUCAGGUUUAACUUCACUACUUGAUAGUCUCUUAUUGUCUUAUUCCCAGAUAAAGCACACCCCGAACGGCGUGGGAAGGCACGUGUUUAUAGACGACAAGCCAUUCAAUGACUCUGCCCUCUACCCCAUCAUGAGGCUCAUGGGCUUCAGCAUCCCCGAAAAACGCCUCGAGUUCACAGCUCCAGACGACGUUGAAGACGAUGUUCUUGCCGCGGGAAUCAUUGUCAUCCUGUUCAGUCAAUUUUAACUUUAAAACAGUGAAUCAAUGACACUAUUGCGCUGUGUGUGCAAUAUAUAUUUUUUAUACACUGGUAUACAACUAUGAGUGGUGUUUUUAUUUGUAAUCACGUCUUGGUUUUCCCAAAAAA